AUGUCUAACCUUCCCGUCGAGCCCGAAUUCCAGCAGGCCUACAAUGAGCUUGCCUCCACCCUCGAGAACUCCACUCUCUUCCAGAAGAACCCUGAGUACCGCAAGGCCCUCAAGGUUGUCUCCAUCCCCGAGCGCGUGGUUCAGUUCCGCGUGGUCUGGGAGGAUGACAAGGGCGAGCUCCAGGUGAACCGUGGUUUCCGUGUUCAGUUCAACUCCGCCCUCGGCCCUUACAAGGGUGGUCUCCGCUUCCACCCCUCCGUCAACCUGUCCAUCCUCAAGUUCUUGGGUUUCGAGCAGAUCUUCAAGAAUGCCCUGACUGGCCUGAACAUGGGCGGUGGCAAGGGUGGUGCUGACUUCGACCCCAAGGGCAAGUCUGACAACGAGAUUCGUCGUUUCUGCGUUGCCUUCAUGACUGAGCUCUGCAAGCACAUCGGUGCUGACACCGAUGUCCCCGCUGGUGACAUUGGUGUCACUGGCCGUGAGAUCGGCUUCAUGUUCGGCCAGUACAAGAAGAUCCGCAACGAGUUCGUUGGUGUCCUGACCGGCAAGGGCCUCAGCUGGGGUGGUAGCUUGAUCCGCCCCGAGGCCACCGGUUACGGUCUUGUCUACUACGUCGAGCACAUGAUCAAGUACGCCACUGAGGGCAAGGAGUCCUUCGCCGGCAAGCGGGUUGCCGUCUCCGGCUCCGGUAACGUGGCCCAGUACGCCGCUCUUAAGGUUCUCGAGCUGGGCGGCAGCGUCGUCUCUCUGUCCGACUCCCAGGGCUCGCUCGUCGUCAACGGCGAGGGCAGCUUCAACGCCGAGGAGAUCGCCAUCAUCGCUCAGGUCAAGGUCGACCGCAAGCAGCUGUCCGAGAUUGCCUCUACUGAGGCUUUCAGCCAGAAGUUCAAGUACAUCCCUGGCGCCCGCCCCUGGACCCACGUCGGCAAGGUCGAUGUCGCCCUCCCCUCCGCUACCCAGAACGAGGUUUCCGGCGAGGAGGCCGAGGCCCUGAUUGCCGCUGGCUGCAAGUUCAUCGCCGAGGGUUCCAACAUGGGCUGCACCCAGGCCGCCAUCGACACCUUCGAGGCUCACCGUGAGACCAACGCUGGUGCCGCUGCCAUCUGGUACGCCCCCGGCAAGGCCGCCAACGCCGGUGGUGUCGCCGUUUCCGGUCUCGAGAUGGCCCAGAACUCGGCCCGCCUCAGCUGGACCACUGAGGAGGUCGACGCCCGCCUCAAGGGCAUCAUGGAGGACUGCUUCCAGAACGGCCUGCAGACCGCCAAGGAGUACGUCACUCCCGCUGCUGGCUCUCUUCCCUCCCUGGUGGCUGGUAGCAACAUUGCUGGUUUCAAGAAGGUUGUUGCCGCCAUGAAGGAGCAGGGUGACUGGUUCUAA